UUGUAGGCUGCGACUCGUCAGGAUAUGACAUACUGGCUUCAGGAACUUCAGCAGAAGAGGUGGGAAUAUUGUAACAACCUUGACGCAGCAAAAAGGGACAGCCGAACUUCCCCUACACCAAGUGACUUUUCCAAAGGUCUCGUUGCCAAAGACAACCCUGAUUUGAGUAUCCUAAGUCAAAAUGCUUCAGCAGAGAGAGCUAGAAAUAUUCUAGCUGUGGAGACUUCUCCUACAGACCUGGUGGGGGAACAAGCAGCUUCCCAACCUGCACCAGUCCAACCAAGUGCCAUCAAUUUCUCACUUAAACAAUGGAGUACCGAAAUCAAAAAUUCAAUGUCCUCUUUAAGAAAAGGAAAUAAUGAAAACCGCAAGAGCGUAUUUUAUACCACCGAAGAGUGGGAAUUGCUGGAUCCAACCCCAAAAGACUUGGAGGACUCCAUGGCCCUGGAGGAAAAGAGGAAACACCUGGCAGAAGGAAGUAAAGGACUGACUAGUUCAGCCUUUCCAUUCGAUUUUGGCCGCAUUCCACACAAAACAAGGCGCCCCUUAAAAGACAUGAUUGGAUCAAGCAAAAACCGCAACAGCAGUGACUCUUCUCCAACCGAGUGGUAUUCUGGUAAUGGCAACAAACUAGUCUCUGAACUGCAGCUGAAGUAUCAAAGCCAGCAAGAAGAGUUGGAAAAGCUAAAGAAAGAUCUUUUGAGUCAAAAGGAACUUGUGCGCCUUCUGCAGCAAACAGUCCGAUCUUCCCAAUAUGAUAAAUAUUUUGCAAGCCGUCUUUGUGAGGGGGUUCCCAAAGACAAAUUAGAGCUGUUGCACCAAAAAGAUGACCAGAUUUUGGGUCUCAACAACCAGCUUGAAAAGUUAAAUCUGGAAAAAGAUAGCCUCCAGCAGGAAGUAAAGAAUCUGAAAUGUAAAGUUGGAGAACUCAAUGAGCGGCUGGGUAUGUUGAUGGAAACUAUUCAAGCUAAAGAUGAAGUGAUCAUGAAACUCUCUCGUCAACUCAGCGAAUGUGAGGACAAUACAUCCUCUCAAAGUGGAGCAGCAAAUUCUUCCAUGGCCAUCUGUACUAAUAAGGAACUACAGGAACUGGACAGGCUAAAAGACAAUCUUCAGGGUUAUAAGACCCAGAAUAAAUUUUUAAAUAAGGAGAUUUUGGAACUUUCUGCUCUACGAAGAAAUGCAGAAGCAAGAGAGAGAGAAUGGCAGGCAAAGUAUACGAGCUUGGAAGCCAAACUCUGUCAGAUAGAAAGUAAAUACUUAAUCUUGCUUCAAGAAAUGAGAACUCCUGUUUGUUCUGAGGAGCAGAGUCCUGCUCGUGAGGUCAUCACACAGUUACUGGAAGACGCCUUGAAAGCAGAAACUACUGAACAACCAGAACAAGCGUUUUUCAAACCACACCUGGUCAGUGAAUAUGAUAUAUAUGGUUUUCAGACGGUCCCAGAGGAUGAUGAUGAGGAGAAGCUAGUAGCAAAAUCAAGAGCUUUGGACCUGAGAUCGCUUUCUCUCAGUGAAAAUAGAGAGAUCUCCACAGGGGUAAAAUGGGAAAACUAUCUUGCAAGCACAAUGAAUAGAGAGAUGAUGCGCUGUGUAGAACUGAAGAAUCUUAUUCGAUCUGGAAUUCCACAUGAGCAUCGUUCCAAGAUAUGGAAAUGGUGUGUCAAUCUCCAUGUUAAAAAGUUCAAGGACAGCACUGUUCCUGGGUAUUUCCAAACUUUGCUUCAAAAUGCUCUGGAAAAACAAAAUCCUGCAUCUAAACAAAUUGAGUUGGAUCUCUUGAGAACUUUGCCUAAUAACAAACAUUAUUCUUCCCCAACAUCUGAAGGGAUCCAGAAGCUGCGAAAUGUGCUGCUGGCAUUUUCGUGGAGAAAUCCUGAUAUAGGAUAUUGCCAAGGGCUCAACAGAUUGGUAGCAAUUGCACUUCUGUACUUGGAACAGGAAGAUGCUUUUUGGUGUCUAGUAACAAUAGUAGAAGUUUUCAUGCCUCGUGAUUAUUAUACUAAGACACUUCUAGGAUCUCAGGUUGAUCAGCGAGUAUUCAAGGAUUUAAUGAGUGAGAAGCUUCCACGACUGCAUGCUCAUUUUGAACAAUACAAAGUUGACUAUACUCUUAUAACUUUCAACUGGUUUCUCGUGGUAUUUGUGGACAGUGUGGUUAGCGACAUCCUUUUUAAAAUCUGGGAUUCCUUCCUAUAUGAGGGACCAAAGGUGAUAUUCCGAUUUGCCCUGGCACUUUUUAAAUACAAAGAAGAGGAAAUCUUAAAACUGCAAGAUUCAAUGUCUAUUUUCAAGUACCUUCGAUAUUUCACGCGCACUAUACUUGAUGCUAGGAAACUGACUGGUAUUGCUUUUGGAGACCUGAAUCCUUUUCCAUUACGUCAGAUCAGGAACCGGAGGACCUAUCACCUGGAGAAAGUGCGUCUUGAACUAACAGAACUAGAAGCCAUUCGUGAGGAUUUCCUACGUGAACGAGAGACGUGUGUAGAAAAAAGAGACCUUAUUAGUGAUGAUGAGGAGGAUAGUUGAAGCUACUCAACAUAAACUUUUCUUUGGGAU